GCAGUGGAAGGACAACAUGAAGCUGUACUGCAUAUUCGCCGCCAUACUGGCAAUUUCACUAGCCAAAGAAAUUGGAAGCAAAGAUGAUGUCGAGGACUUAGAAGCGCAAGCGUCUAUGGAACUGCUUAGAACAAACAGGGAAGACAAACAAGAUCUGGAUACCGCAGCCAGCACUUACAACAGCUACGUUCCCCCCAGCCAAAGACCCCCACGACCAUGGAACCAGAACGCCAUCCCAACUCCUCCCCAGAACCAAUGGAACAACCCUCAGUAUGUAGUUCCCCAAAAUCCUCCGCAAAAUGCAUUCAGCGACGUCUCCCAAAAUCAAAACUACGUACCCUCCGUGCCCCAAAAUAGCUACGUGCCUCCUUCUGCCGGCCAGUGGCCUGCUGUUCAGAGCGACAUACAGUAUCCUAGCAACCCUGCCCCAGUCCAUUACCCCUCUGUUCCACCUGUCACUCAGGCUCCUCAAGUUCCUCAAUAUCCUCAGACCCCCCAAUAUCCUCAGACUCCCCAGUAUCCUCAGGCUCCCCAAAAUCCCCAAGCCCCCCAGAAUGACUAUUACUAUCCUCCUCACAACCAACCUUCCUCUACUCCUACUGUAAUCAAGAACGAACAGUACAAUGGUGAAAACGGCUAUUACAAAUAUGAAUACCAAAUUUCCGAUGGUACUUGGGUAGGUGAAGAAGGUUACCUAUUGUACCCGAAUACUGAGUACGAGAGCCCUGUCAAGAAGGGCUGGUAUUCUUACAAGGGAACCGAUGGCAAGGUCUACACUGUCAGCUGGUGGGCUGAUGCAUCAGGCUACCACGCCACUGGAGACCAUCUGCCUACUCCUCCCCCCGUUCCUACUGCGAUCCAGGCUGCACUCGACCAAGCUGCAAAAGAAGAAGCAAACAAGAACAAACCAACCCAGCCGACUUACUACCCGACGACGCAACCAACUUUCUACCCGUCGCAACCAACUUACACUCCAGCGCAACCCACAACCCAACGCCCAUCGUAUAACCACCCUCAGCAGACUUACCCUCAACAGCAACCAGCAUACCAGAGACCAGGUUACGGUAAAUAAGGGCAAUAAAAUAAGAGAAGAAUAGUUUAAAAAAAAAAAGAUUCUCAUCUCUCUCCAUUAUUUUAAAGCUCUUGAUACUGCCGAUAAGUUGUACGAGUACGACUCGAAAAUGUUACAAGCAAAAAUAUUCUGACUCGAUUAUUAUAGUGAUAGUAUACGAUUUAAGUUACCUCCGAAUGAUGGAUAUGAUGAUGGAAAUAAACAGUGAUCAGAUCACGACCGUUAUUGUGAACUCGAUCACUGUUAGAGUGUGAUACUGAGUAAUACUCGAAGCCAGCAAACAUGUGAUGUACAUGUAAUUAAUAAAUAAUAUUUUAAAA